UUUUUCUAUGCAUUUUCUUCACCAACGUCUUCCACUUCGUCUCCUUCCCCAAUUUCCCUCUUUUCCUUUAAAACCCACCUCUUCACUCCAAUUCUCUACUUCAAUGGCGGCAGCAAUUGCCGUCGCUUCUAGCUCACGGUCCUUCCGUUUGGGCCGAAUGCCGUUCCUUGGUCAAAAACCCACAUCCACAAUUUCUCGAUUUCCAUCCUCUAUCAGAAAUUUCGACCCACUUGUUCGGUCUCGGAGGACACCCAGCUUGACCAUGUGUUUCGUCGCCGGAGACCAGAAGUUUGAGACAAACCAAAUCGUUGAAAAUAACACUAGUGGAAAUCCUGGGCCUAGCGGAGAGGAUUCAGAUGGGGAAAUCAUCCCUAGUAAACGUGUGGUAGAGGAAAAAAUGGCGAGAAAGAAAUCAGAACGAUUUACCUACCUUAUAGCAGCUAUUAUGUCUACUUUUGGGAUUACUUCCAUGGCCGUUAUGGCUGUUUAUUACCGGUUUUCAUGGCAAAUGGAGGGUGGAGAGAUUCCUUAUGUGGAGAUGUUUGGUACAUUUGCUCUAUCUGUUGGCGCUGCUGUAGGAAUGGAGUACUGGGCGAGAUGGGCGCAUGAAGCGCUUUGGCAUGCUUCUUUGUGGCACAUGCAUGAGUCGCACCAUAAACCGCGAGAAGGUCCAUUCGAGCUCAACGACGUGUUCGCCAUCAUAAACGCGGUUCCAGCGAUUGCACUGCUCAACUACGGUUUCUUCCACAAAGGCAUCAUACCGGGUCUCUGUUUCGGUGCCGGGCUUGGGAUAACGGUGUUCGGAAUGGCGUAUAUGUUCGUCCACGACGGCCUUGUUCACAAGAGAUUCCAAGUGGGUCCCAUUGCAAACGUUCCCUACCUUCGAAGGGUUGCAGCUGCUCAUCAGUUACAUCACACAGAGAAAUUCCAUGGAGUUCCUUACGGCUUGUUCUUGGGACCCAAGGAGCUCGAAGAAGUAGGAGGAGUCGAGGAGUUGGAGAAGGAGAUUCAAAGAAGAAUCAAGUUGUACAAUAAAUAAACAUGUAUAUAUAAAUUAAAUCUAUAUAUAUAUAUCAGUUUGUGAUCGUAUUUAUCUUUUAUUUACUUACAAAAAAUGGAAAGGAUGGAAUGCAUUUUUGUCGA